UAAAUUCAUGUUCCUAAGCUUUUGGCGUUUGAUAAUGGCGUGACACCUUUUUCUUCUCAACAAACGCGCCUCAGUGUCUCAUCUCUUUCCACAUCUUCUCACUCCAUUUUCUUGCAGCUCACUCCUUUUCACCUUUUCUCUCUCGAUUUCCUCUUCGUCUCUAAGAUUCUUCAUUUCGCCGACAAAAUGGGAACCUGCUUCUCGAGCUCUACUAAAUCCACGGCUGAGAUCGCUCCGGUUGACCUCGCCGUCAAACCUCCAGCCGUAGUAGCCUCUUCCACAACCGCGCCAUCUCGCGUUUCAGCCCAGCGACCACCAACCGCUCCGACGGCGGCGAAAACGACGGCGACGGCUAGCUCCGCCGUCGCAGUGAGACUGUACGGACCACCGAACAGUCUGGUGACUUCCUAUCUCCGCUUCGCUCUCCUUCACAAGAAAGUUCACCUCCGUUUCGUCCCAUCGGAGGAUCAAAAGCCGACGAUCCAGGUCGGAUCGGAGACGGUGUCAGGAUCUCAGGAGGUUCUGCUCCGUUACAUCGAGGAGAAGUUUCCAGAGCCGAGGCUGAUGAUUUGGAAGUUUAAUCUAGAAGGUUUCGACGAGGCGACUCCAUUGAUAGUGAGGACGAUUUGGCUUCAGCAUAGGAGUAUGUUGUGGCACAUCGCGAGGAUGUUGAGAUGGUCGGAGGAUCUGGCGGCACGUGGAGGAAGAAGAGCGGUGGAUCCGUCGGUUGGGACGCCGAAGAUGGAGAUUAGGAAAUUCGCCAAGAGCUAUACGCAGCUACAAGAGCUCAUGGUUGAGCAUGCUCAAAUGGAAGAGAGAAUCCUUUUCCCUGUUCUCGAAUCUGUUGAUCGAGGGAUGUGCAAAAGCGCAAACGAGGAACACGGGAGAGAAUUACCAUUGAUGAAUGGAAUCAAAGAGUAUAUCAAAUCCAUUGCAGUAUUGGACUCUGGAAUCUGUUCGGAGGAAUUCUUUAGUCUUGCUUCUCGUUUCAAGUCAUUACAGGUGAUGUGUAAAGCACAUUUUGAAGAGGAAGAGAAAGAGUUACUGCCUAUGGUGGAAGCUGCAGAAAUGGGGAAAGAGAAGCAGAAGAAAUUGAUGAAUCAAAGCUUGGAAGUAAUGAGAGGGACUCACUCUGACUUGUUUGAUUUCCUCCUCGAAGGUCUUACUCCUCAAGAAGCUAUGCAGUAUCUUGACUUGCUCAUGAAAUUUGGUGAUCCAAAUCUUAUCUCAUCUUUUCUCUGCCAAGACUGAUCUUUUUCUUUCUGGCUCACUUUGUGAAAAUUGUUGUUGGUGUUUGGGAUGUGAAUUUCGUGUAUAUAUUGUCAGAUUACUGAUCAGGCUGCUUUGUUUUUCUUAUCCUUUUAGAUAAACGAAAAUCUUACAACUCC